CUGUGAACUAUACGUCGUAGACAUGUUCAGUGCACGCGAUUAGGUUGAUAAUUAUAAUCCCGUCGUAUGUUUCGUUGUAAAUGGUGUAAAACAACGCAAGCUUAGUGAGCAACUUGGAGUGACUUGUCUUUCUCGUAUUAAAAAUCUCGUUUCAGUAGUUUAAAUUAGUUAACCAUCUCAAAAUCAAAACAAAAUAUUUUUAUGCUUGGUGUAGUCUUAUUAAGCGCAAGCAAUCUCGCCUCCCUGUGGAACACUUGAAAUACUACUACGAUACUGUAUUCUUGCAGUAGUGUAGUAUUAUUAGAGUUAAAAUAAUUGAACUUGAUAAUCUUUAUACAUUGAUUAAGAACUCUAAAAUAUCACAUCAGCUCACCAAAUUGGCUGAGGCCCAGCUUCCUGUCUCCGAUAUUAUUGACUCAAUUCUUAAACUUUGCAAUGAAUCUGAGAGGUUUCGAUCGAGGGGGAUUGUGUUUGAAUUGUUGAUUGAUGUUUAUAGGAAAAAGGGCAUGUGGAAUGAAUCUGUUGCUGUGUUUUUGGGGAUUAAGGGCGGUGGUUUUAGGAUCAGUUUAUUGUGUUGUAAUUCUCUGUUGAAGGAUUUGUUGAGGUGUGGGAGAACGGAGUUGUUUUGGAAGGUUUAUGGGGGAAUGUUGGAAAUGGGAAUCAGUUUAGAUAUUUACACUUGUGUGAGUGUUAUUACUGCUCAUUGCAAGGUUGGGAAUGUAAGAGAAGCUAAAAGGGUUCUAAAAGAGAUGGAGGAGAAUGGGUGUGAUCCGAAUGUGAUUGCUUAUAACACCCUUAUCAAAGGGCUAUGCAGAAGUGGUGCCAUUGAUGAUGCUUUGCAGCUGAAGAUGGAAAUGGUUGAGAAGGGGUUGGCUCCUGAUCAUUAUACUUUUUCAAUAUUUAUUGACUGGUUUUGCCAGCAUAAGAGAGCUUCUGAGGCAAAGUUAAUUUUGCAAGAGAUGUAUGAGACAGGCUUAAACCCUGAUCAUAUUGCAUAUACUGCAGUGAUUAAUGGGUUCAUGAAAGAGGGUGCUGUGGAUGAGGCCUUUCUAAUCAAGGAUGUAAUGGCUUCGCGAGGAAUUAAGUUGAAUUUGCUAAAUUAUAAUGCUAUUAUACAUGGUCUCUGCAACAAAGGUAACAUGGAGAGGGCAGAAAGUCUAGUAUUUGAGAUGAUUAAAUUAGGAAUAAACCCUGAAAUCCAGACAUACAAUUAUCUGAUUUAUGGGCAUAGCCGAGAGAGUAAUAUGGAGAAGGUCUUGGAAAUUCUGGCUUGGAUGAAUGAAAGAAACUUGGCACCUUCAAUAUACACCUUUAAUGCUAUAAUAGAUGGAUUGAGUCACACAGGAAAUCUCGAACAAGCCCACCUGUUAUUGUGCAAUUUAACUGAAAGAGGUAUCACACCUAAUAUUGUUAGCUACACUACCAUUAUGAAAGGUUACACGAAAGAAGGUAAAUAUGAAGAGGGAAUGAGGAUAUUAGAUGAUAUGUGGGAGAAAGGCAUUGUUCCUGAUGUUUUUUGCUAUAAUUCUAUUAUUAUUGGUCUUAGCAAAUCCAAAAGGAUGAGUGAGGCACAAACUUGUCUUAUUGCAAUGCGGAAGAAGGGAGUGAUACCGAAUGCCUAUACAUUUGGGGCAUUUAUUUCAGGAUAUAUGGAGAUUGGUGAGAUGGAGAUUGCAAAGAAAUACUUUGUGGAAAUGAUUGAUCAAGGUAUCGUUCCUGAUCUUCAUAAUUAUACAGCUUUGAUUGAUGGGCUUUGCAGAAACGGGGACAUAGUGCAUGCUUUUUCCAUAUUCAGUAUUAUGCUAGAACGACGUCUACUUCCAGAUACGCACAUUUACAGUGUGCUUAUAAUGGGCCUUUCGAAGAAUGGGAAACUGGUAGAAGCAAUGAGAAUCUUCUCCUGCUUCUGUGAUAAGGGGUUGGUCCCUGAUAUAUAUGUUUACACUUCGCUCAUUUCUGGCUUUUGUAAGCAAGGUGAUAUGUCAAAGGCUUUCAGUCUUUUCAAUGAGAUGUCUCAAAAAGGUAUCACUCCUAACAUUGUCACUUAUAAUGCCUUGAUGGCUGGGCAGUUUAGGUCAGGUGACAUAGAGAGAGCCAAGGAGCUAUUUUCCGGACUGUCUGAUAAAGGUUUGAUACCAAACAAGGUUACAUAUGCUACAAUGAUUGACGGGCACUGCAAGUCUGCAGAUUUGGAUGAAGCAUUUCGUUUGUUUAAAGAAAUGCAACUCAAGGCUGUUCCAGCUGAUGGGUUUGUUUACAAUGCGCUUCUCAAUGGAUGUUGCAAAAAUGGUGAUACACAGAAGGCUUUGUCUCUAUUUAAUGAAAUGAAAGAGAGAGGUAUAGCAUCCGUACUUACAUUCAACACAAUGAUUGAUGGAUAUUGUAAGUCUGGAGUUUUUACCAAAGCAGUUGAGUUGAUCGAAGAUAUGAUUGAUAAGAAAAUUAUGCCUAAUAAUGUGACCUUCACAAUCAUAAUCAGUCAUUACAGCAAGAUGGGUGAGAUGGAAAAAGCAGAGAAGCUUCUUUCAGAGAUGCUGAAGAGGAAUAUAGUGCCAACAAAUCUAACAUACACUUCCCUUUUACAUGGUUACAGCAAAGUAGGGAACAUAUCCAAGAUGUUAGCCAUGUUUGAGGACUUGGUGGCAAAGGGUGUUGAGCCUGAUGAAGUUGUGUACAAACUGAUGUUUGAUGCAUUCUAUGAAGGUGGGAAUUUGGAUAAAGCACUAAAGGACUGGAAUGAACUUUUGGGCGAUGGUGUAUUAAAAGGAAAGGUUAGUGAAAUGCUGAUUGGAGCAUGGUCUGGAGAUGAAGAUAUUUCGACUGUACUAGCAAUACUUGCUAAAAUGAGUGAGCAAGGGUAUAAGCCUAGUGUUACUACAUGCAGUAUCUUGGCCUAUGGUUUGCAAAGAGUAGGAUACAAAGAAGAACUACAUAACAUUAUUGAUGCCAUGGUGAGCUACGGUUGGAUUCCUCCAUCGAUGAGUUUAGUUGACUUGGUCAACCAAUAUCAACGAGAAUAUAUCCGAAGUGAUCAUCCCCUGCAAGGAGCACCUGGAGUUGCUUGUCAGAUUUAAUCCUAAUUGAGAUGAUACGGCUUUCAACAUUUUUUACCAUCAGUGCUUCAUGAAGCAUCUGAUGUUGUUCUCUCCAUAUUGGCAUUGAGUAUUCAUCACUUUCUACCAGAGGCCCUGAUGAGAGAAAUUGGAGCGUACAACGAAACUCUUCGGUCACAGGUAACAGGCAGAGCUUGUGCUGAAUGACAAACUUAUGCAUUUCACUAAUGUUGAUGUUCAAGAUGUUAAGAAGCCAAAUCCAUUAAUGGAACUUUAAUGUUCAAUGUUGUGUCAAUGAUUCAAUAGUUCCCGUGCUUAUGUCAGGCCCCAGUUAAUUCCCCUUUAGAGUUUCGGCCCAGGCCGAGUGUUUCCUGCGUUAGCUGGGACCUGCGCGUAGACCAAGGGUGAACACUCAUCCUUUAUGGCAUGGACUACCAGAGUGAUGGUAUUCAGUCCUGUUCGCUCACCAUGGUUUCGACCCCAGCCAUCUACGGGACUGCACCUUGAACUAAAUCAGUUUUCUCCAUAAAAUUUACAGUGAACGAGAUCGCGAGGUAUUACAUGAUGCUUUAGUGAUGAUUUCUCUAGGUUCUGUUGAAUAAGUUUUAUGGAAUGUACAACAUAAAUUUACCUAUGUUGAUGGUUCCCUGAGUUUCUGUGAAUAAAAAAAAAUUAUGUAUCAAUAGAAAUCACCUCUGAUGAGUUUUAUAU